AUGGUGGUCAUGAUGAUGAAUUUGAGGGUCUAUUUGAUGAGAGUUGUCAAUCUCCACAACAACAGCAACCUCGAUUCAUAUCUAAAGCGUGAAGUUGAACUUAUUAGCUUAGGCGAUGAAGAUGAGAUAUCUCAAGUUUUUCACUGCGAUGGUUUAUUGUUAUGCAUCAGCAUCACGAAGACAAAGACUAGUCUCGUGGUUUGGAACCCGUAUUGGGGCCAUACCCGGUCGAUCGAGCCCACACACAAAUUCCACAUAAUCGAUAUGUAUUCUCAUGCUCUUGGAUACGACAAGAGUAGCAAAUCCCACAAAAUCUUGAGGUUUAUUAAUUUUACGCGUCCUACUUUUGAUGAGUUCAAAAUCUACGAUUUUAACUCUGAUUCAUGGAGGGUUCUAGAUGUCACACCAGACUGGACAAUACGUUUUUUUCACCUUGGCGUGACUCUCGAGGGAAAUGCAGCGUACUGGUUUGCUACGAAGAAGUAUUCCGAAACCUACGACGAUUAUUUCUUAGUCUGUUUUGAUUUCACAAGAGACACAUUUGGGCCGUUUUUGCCUCUUCCGUUUCAUCAGUUUCUUCAAUCUCAAGAUAAAUAG